AUGGCAGUUCUGAGGGCACAUCCGGCCCUUCCGGGCCUGGUGGUGUUCAGCGAGGUGUAUGUAUGUCGUCUCUUUGCAUUGUGCGACUGGCGGUCAUGGCCUCGCUUGCCUCAGCGCUCCAGCGUGAUAUUUUCGCCUCCUUGGAGGUGGGACAGUGCAGUUGCCGCUGCUGUCUGCUCCAUUGUCUGCAUUGACAAAGUUUGGUCUCGCAACGAGUGUUCGUUGAACAAAGCAAGCGGUCUCGUGUCCAGAUUUAGUGUUCUCAUUCACGCGAGGGUUUUGUGUCUCCGAAGCCCUAUCUAUGGUGAUGGAUUGCUUCUAGGUAUUCUGAGUGUCAUUGAGGGAAUGUCGUUUGCUCCGUCCAUGGUCACGGGACCUCAAAUUCGGCACGUGCGAGCUAGUCGUGGCCGAAUUGCUGAGGAGGGAUAA